CUUUUUCUCAUCAAACAAGACGCAGACCUCAUCGAUGCCACUCGUGUAUUGGACGAUAUAGAAACAAGGCCUAUAUCUGACAAAAUGAAAUUAGACAAUAUCUUGAUAAUAAUCGGUGAAUUCGGACUGUACCAGAAGUAUGUUUAUUUACUGGUAUGUUUAAGCUCCAUGUAUAUGGGCUUAUAUGCAGUGAUGUCAGUGAUAUUCCUCAACACACCUGACCACAGAUGUAAGAUCCCUGAUCUUGGGAAUGAUACAUACGAUAUCAAAAGUGCCUCUCAUCAGAACCUUGUCAACAACUACAUACCUCCAGCAUCGGGUGAUGACACACACGACUACGAUCAGUGCCAUCUGUACUCGUUUAAUUACAAUGACGUCAUGUUUGACAACUCCAGCAGACCAAUCAAUGCUUCAAUUAUUGAAUGUACCGAGUGGGUGUACAGUGGUGUGGUGUUUAAAGAAACAUAUACUUCAAAGCUCAAUAUCGUGUGUGGAAAGAAGCAUCUCACAUCGUUCAUUAAGUCUCUUUUCUUUGUUGGGAAACUCGUUGGCGCCUUGGUAUUUGGAAAUUUAUCUGACGCUGUUGGUCGUAAAACCACUCUUUGUAUAGCCCUGGUGAUGAUGUUUGGACUUAGCUUCGGUAUGACCUGGUCCUCCUCCUCCUUCAUCAUCUACGCUGUCCUCAUGACCCUCAUUGGAGCUGCUACUCAGGGAAUCUUCCCAGUGGGGUUCGUCCUCGGUGUAGAACUAGUUGGACCAUCAAAACGAAAAUACGCUGGCAUAGUAAUCGAGUUUUUCUUUGCUUCGGGUUUGAUGGCCCUGGCCGGUAUCAGCUAUCUAGUGAGACAUUGGUACUACAUCAGUAUCAUCUGUUCCACACCACCGGUACUCUUUUUACUUUACUGGUGGCUAAUUCCUGAAUCUCUCCGUUGGUUGAUAAGUAAACGUAAGUAUGAAGAGGCUAACACAAUAAUCCAGAAGGCAGCAAAGGUGAACAAGGUGAAGUUAGAAAAGAAUGUAUUUGAGGACGAGGACGACAGUACGGAACCUGAGCCAAGUGGGAGGAUGUGGCAUUUGUUCUCCUCGCGGGUCCUGCUUCUGCGCACUCUCGUAAUUUUGUUUAACUGGUGUAUAGUGGCCAUGAUUUACUACGGACUGUCUCUAAAUGCAGGCAAUCUUGGAGGAAACUUUUUCGUGAAUAUGUUUUUAUCUGGACUAGUAGAAAUUCCUGCGAAUAUCAUAGCUUUACUUUUACUUGAUCGAAUAGGUCGAAAAAAGACUUACUUUUUCAGUAUGAUGUUUGGAGGAUGUGCAUGUGUAUCAACAAUACUUCCCAUUCUGUAUGGCGAGAAGGAAAAUCAAACCAUCAUCUUAGUCCUCGCUAUGCUUGGUAAGUUUGGUGUAAGUGCCGCAUUCAAUACCAUGUACUUUUUUUCAACGGAGUUGUACCCUACAGUUGUUAGAAACGCGGGACUGGGAGCAAGUUCUUGUGCGUCUAGGUUCGGCGGAAUUGCAGCCCCGUACAUCGCAGAUUCGGCAGCACUAAUAGGCGGCAUGGUCGGUAAAGUGUUCCCUUUGGGAGUAUUUGGAGCGCUAGCUAUCAUAGCAGGAUUGACGUCGUUACACUUACCGGAAACUCUGAACAAAGCAUUACCAGAAACGAUAGAAGACGGCAUACAAUUCGGGAAACGUCAAGAAAUCGACAAAUCUACUUCGCAUGAGCUAGAAGAGUGUUUAUAGUUUGUUCAGCCACAGAACUCGGACCGAUUAAAUAGGAGAACAGAUGUGAUUUGCGGUAUAUACUUAUUAUCAACAUGAUAAACGAAACAUCAGUGAUAUGUAAAAUUUAAAAUUCAGUAUGUAAAUGCUUAUAAUCCACAUGCUUUAAUUGUAUACGGAUAUCAUUAACUCACAAGUGAUGUAUAGUUACAUGCUUUACCAAAUAUAGUAUGUGUCAUUGUUAUGUCAUUCCUCCAAAAGGUAGAUUGUGCCGACAGAAUAAUGACAUUUAAUAAAAUAAUCAACUUACACACCUAAGUGAUA